CCAGAGAGACAAGCUGACCAGUCAUAAUAGAAGAAAGACACCAACUACUCACAUCACGCAACUAUACCACCAAGAAACUCAGAGAGUCUUGUUAACACGCUGUCUAUGGACAUCUGAUUGAAAAGUGUUAAACAAGAGGGAGCCAUCUCAACAUCUCACAAUCCCUGAAGAUCUCACUGAAUGACUGUGGGAAGAUCUGACGUUUAUUUACUCAGUACUCAACUCUCAGCAACCUUCUUGUGAGUAAGAAAAGAAAAAACGUGGACACAGGAUUUUCUACGGAACGUUUUUGUUGAUGUUGAGAGUGUUCUAAAGUUUCUCUCAGUGAUCAUGGCAUCAACAGGUCUCCAGCUGCUGGGCUUGGUUCUGGCUGUGCUGGGUUGGGUGUGCGGGGCAUUGGUGUGUGCAGCUCCUCUGUGGCGUGUGUCUGCCUUCGUGGGCGGAGAGCUGGUGAUUGCCCAGGUCUUCUGGGAGGGACUGUGGAUGAACUGCUUGUCUCAGACCACGGGCCAGAUCCAGUGCAAGACCUAUGACUCCACCCUGGCCCUGCCCAUGUCUGCCCAAGCAGCCCGGGGCCUCACUGUCCUCUCCCUGCUCCUCUGCCUUCUGGCCCUCAUACUCGGGGUGGCAGGGGCCAAGUGCACUCACUGCAUGGGUGACGGUAACCAGGCCUCCAAGGCUCGGCUGGCUAGGAUAGCAGGGGUGCUCUUCCUUGUGGCCGGCCUUGCCUACUUGAUACCCAUCUGCUGGACGGCCUAUGCCAUAAUCAGGGACUUCUAUGAUCCGAAUGUUGCAGCGCCUCUAAAAAGAGAGCUGGGCCCGGCUCUGUAUCUCGGCUGGGGGGCGAGUUUGUUGCUCCUGGUGGGGGGCUCUCUGCUGCAUGUUGGCUCUUCUCCACCAGGAGGAAGAGUGCUGCCUGUUUUCGGAGGGGUAGCGAAGGACAACCCGCUUACGGGGGCAGCAGGAGAGGGGAAGCAACAGGAAAAAUCUUUUGUAUGAGCUCAUUUUAUUGGACAUGUGAGGUAUGAACAAACUCAGAGGUCACAACCUCAUCAAACAAGCUUUUGGAAACUGCAAGAUCACAAUCUGUAGAAGGCUAAUCAGCUUCUAUUGUGUUUUGUAUUAGUUAUCUGAUAAAACUGAGUCUGUUUCUUUACGUUAUAAUGUGGAUUUCAUUUCACUUUUUACACGAUUAACUAUAUAGCAAAGGAGCUCUAAUUGAAUUUACAUUAUUUAAGGGAUUUGUGUCAGAGUGGGAGUUGAAGUGAACUGUGGGAGGAUUUUAGAUGUUUACUAAUGUGUGUGAGUUACAUUUCUCAAAUUCCACCCUGCCUCUGCUUGUGUUUGUGUUUGUGUGUGUGUGUGUGUGUGUGUGUGUGUGUGUGUGUUGGGGGGGGGCAGUCUGUGUACAGAAGGACAGUGUACAUAGUACUUCUGUGUAUGCUGGUGUGGGCAGUCAGAGUGAUGCUAACUGUUUAUUUACUUUUUAUGGACUUCUCUUUUUUUUAGUAUUCAGUAUUUACUCUUUAUGUUCAAUUUUCCUUUUUACUUCUUUAUUCUUUUUUACAUGUAUUGUUUUUUUAAACUGUGGUUCUGCAAUAUGCACUUUUGUGCCCUUUUGUUGAUGUCAGUUCAAACACUCCUACUGUCCAAAUUUUAGAGCUUUGUUGUUUGAUUAAUUAUUAAUAUUUAUGUAAUGUGUAUUAUUGUGUACAAUGUAUUAUAACUUCCAUUGGUUGUAAUUUUCUUAAUUUAGUUCAACAAAAAAGAAUUUGUUGCUCAUCUGAACUGUUGUCUGACUGUAAUAAGAUGGUUCAGUGUUGGCACUCACCUUUCUAUUAUGUGACUGUAAUAUCAAUGAAUACAGUAGUUGUCAUUUUAGUUCAUUUUCACUAUCAUAUAAAAGUAGUCUUUAGCCACUCACCGGAUUACAAUGUAAAAAAAAAGAAGUCAGGAUUAGCAUUACAGACUCUAGGUCUGUAAUAACUCUAAUGAUAAUGAUGAUAUAAUAGAAAUAAUCUUUCAUAAUGCUUUUACUAAUAGUUGUCUUAAUAACAUUAUACAGUACACAUUAUUCACUGCAUGUACAUAAGUGUGACAUUGCAUUUUCCACCCUUACUUUUUUGUCAAUGACAGUCUUUUGAUGUAUCUUCACUCAUGUACAAUAAAUAUAUCUGUUUACUGUC